AUGAAUUUGAGUGAAGUAUCAAAGAGUAGUAUGAGUCUUGUACAAGACUUUCCUUCUGAAUAUCGAAGUAAAAUUAUGAAAAUGGCGUUAUUGUCAUUUUCACCAACUGGUCAGGAUCAUGCAAAGUUUAUUGAUGAUUUUUCAAAAGUCAGCAAUAUACCAAAAGAACACAUAUAUGAAGUACUCGGUGUUUACAUAGGUAUAAUAAGAUUACUUAUGGAAAAUAAUGAUGCAGAGUUUUCUCACAAGCUUACCGAAAUUGGAUUCAGUAAUGAUUUUUUGGGGAAACUAUCUUUUACAGAAAAUCGGGAAGAAAUAGUCAAUAAUUUGAUGACCAAGAAGACUACAGAUUUUGGUAAACUUUCUUCAAUCAAGUGGAGAAUUGAUAUAAGUUUGAGUAACAGUGCUUUGAUGAAAAAAAUUCCAGCAAAUGUUGUGUUUUCAAUAACAUUGAAGAAUAAAAAGAAAUAUAUCAUGGAAGUUGAAGCCAGAGAAUUUCACAAGCUUAGAUUCAAUGUUGCUCUGCUUUUGAAAGAAAUGAGCUUGCUAAAAUCUAUCAAGUGA